AUGAAAGACCACUAUGAACUACAAUCUGAAAUUGGACGGGGGAAGUUCGGUACCGUGUUCAAAUGUCGAGAAAAGGCUACGAGUCUUAUGUUGGCUGCUAAAUUCGUCGGUAUUCUUCAUAAACAAGAUCGCCGAAAUGUGGAAAGAGAAGUAGAAAUAAUGUGUGAACUUCAACAUCCCAGAUUGAUACAACUCUACGACGCUUUUGAAGCAAACAAUGCAAUGUGCUUCAUUUUAGAACUAGUUGAAGGUGGUGAAUUAUUCGAACGAGUAAUUGGUGAUGAUUUUGUAUUGACCGAAAAAGCUGUAACGAUAUUUAUGCGACAGAUCUGUGAGGGAGUACAAUUUAUUCACUCUAAAAAUAUACUCCAUCUUGACCUCAAGCCAGAAAACAUUCUAUGCUUAACUAAGACUGGAAAUCGUAUAAAAAUCAUUGAUUUCAGUUUGGCCAGAAAAUUCAAUCCAGAAAAUAAACUUCAAGUGUUAUUUGGCACACCAGAAUUUGUAGCACCAGAGCCCAGAGGGGUGAUAUGUUAUGUCUUGUUAUCGGGUCUGUCAAGUUUUAUGGGAGAAACUGACGUGGAAACUAUGUCCAACGUAACAAUUGCUCAAUAUGAUUUUGAUGAUGAAGCAUUUGAUUCUAUAUCUAACGACGCAAAGGAUUUCAUCAAAAAGCUUCUUGUCAAAGAUCACAAGUAUGGUUAUUGA